AAUAUUGCAUAUCGGAGUAACCUAUACUCCUCUGUCAAUGUCACGGGCUUUCACGAAUUCUUCUCGCGUAAUUCAUCUCUAAUCACUUAUCCAUAUAAACCGGAGCAUCGGAGGAGAAAACAGAUAUAGCUAUAUAAGCUGCUGCAAAGAUUGAAGGCGGAUUCGCACUUUGCGAUAUAUAUUUUGGAGUACUCCGAUUAAAAGGUGAUGUUUGUUCGAUCCGCGCGGCAACUGAAAAAAAAAGUAAAAGCGUUUCGUAGAUAUAAGUACUUGGAGUCCCAUCAAACCAGCAACGAUAUCGCUCGAGAGUGAUUAAGAAUAUUAUAAUUAUGAUAUUUUUCAGUAGUAUACGCUCGUUAAACACUCGUUAACGGCUAUCGAUAAAUUUCGAAUUUCUCGGUAAAACGCGCCCAAUUAUAUAUAGCGCAUUCUAUUAUAUUGCACGGCUAUAAUAAUAUCCAGCUAGGACUAAUAAUAAUUCGCGAUCGCGCAAAAAUUCACGGAUUUAUACCUAUAUCGAGUAAAUAUAUUCUCUAGCUGCGUCUUGAUCGGGCUUCCGUAAAUUAGCGCGUCGCGCAGCCGCUCCAGUAUAGACUACAUUAGUAGGCGGCAGCACUACCUAUACGGCACAGCUGAAGGCGGAAGGAAGGAGGAGAGAAAGAGAGAAAGAAAGAAAGAGCGAGAGAGUCACAGGCACUAGGCAGGCGUACGCACGUCCUUCGGGGGGCCAGAGCAGCAGCAGCAUAAUUUCGACGUCCGCGUAUAUAUUAAUUAGUCUUCUGGAAGGAGAAGCUCAUCAUUUCGUCCUUGUCGAGAAAUUUCUAAAACACUCACAAAAAAGGCAGAAAAAUGGCUGCAUUACCGCGCAGAAUCAUCAAAGAGACGCAGAGGCUUAUGCAGGAGCCAGUGCCCGGGAUCAGUGCAGUGCCCGAUGACACUAAUGCCAGAUACUUUCAUGUGAUAGUUACGGGUCCCGAGGACUCACCUUUUGAAGGUGGACUCUUUAAACUAGAACUGUUUUUACCAGAGGAUUAUCCCAUGUCCGCACCAAAAGUUAGAUUUAUUACAAAAAUCUAUCAUCCAAACAUCGACAGACUUGGCAGAAUCUGCUUAGAUAUCCUGAAGGACAAGUGGUCGCCGGCGUUACAGAUCCGGACGGUGCUUCUGUCGAUACAGGCGCUGCUGAGCGCCCCGAAUCCAGAUGAUCCUCUUGCCAAUGAUGUGGCCGAACUUUGGAAGGUCAACGAGAGCGAGGCGAUACGCAAUGCCAAAGAAUGGACGCGCAGAUACGCCAUGACUGACAAUUGAUCUCAGCAGCUCGAGCGCUAUCAUCACUGCGGUUCUCGGAGGCAGGCGCGUCGUUGAGCCUGAGACGACGACGACCACCACCAUCACCACCAACACAGCGAGCCGGGCUUUGAAUAAUGCAAAAUACGUCUUUCUUCUCGUUCUCGAUAUAUAUAUAUAUAUAUACCCUUCGACGACACACGACACACCUACACACAAUUUUCCGAUUGCUAGAUUUUUCUUUGUAUACUCUUUCUCUCUAAUUUCCCUAAUACUUUAAUUACAGACAAUAUACGCAGAUUUUUGCUAUCGAUGCCGACGAGAAAGCUUUGGAAAUAAAUAUUAUGAAAAAGUUUUGAACAGUCGUACGUUGGGAUGUAUACUUUCCGUGUAAGCAAUUGAUGCCGUUAUGAUCCCAGGUAGUACAAGGCAAUCGUGUUCUUUUUUGUAAAUCUAUCUCUACUUCUUGUUUUCGUUUUUUUUUAUAUGAAACCGUAAUAGUUGUAUUAUGCAUUUCUUUCGUUCCGCUUUCGUCAGAGACGAGCGAUUGUAAUUGCGCGAUAUUAACAGACAGACACACCUACACACUGACAUUCACAAGACACAGAAAAAACACAGAAUGAGCUUGCAGUUUCCAGUGAACCUUUUUCAUAUAUGAGUGCAGCAUCGAGUAUAUAUAACAGUAAGAAAACGGAAAGACGUGAAAAAAACGAGAAAACAGAAGGUCUCUAUGCUACAUAGCUGGCAGAUAAUUCUUCGUCUUUUUUAAAUUGCUUGCGUAAAUAUAAUAACAAGAGAAAGAAUCAGAGAUGAUAAAGAAAACGAGAAACAUCGGACCGCGCGUACGUACGACACAUUGCUGGCACUAAAGGUUAUAUAUAUUUGUAAAAUGAAUUUUAUAAUAACAAUUUAAUGGAAAUGGCGGUUCUCUUUUAUUUCUAAAAGAAAAAGCUAAAUGGGUCUCGGAAGUGAAUUCUCUGCCAGUCGUCCACAACAUACUAAAAUCGUUAUCUUAAGAAUGAUUGUAAAAGAAGAAGGGGGUACGAAAAAACUGAUAUCCUAGUUUUAAUUUCUGCGUAAAGCAUUAAGGUAUUCCUUUUUUGUAGAUAAGACUUAAGAUCGCUCGUUUAUUGUAUAACGAAUUAAUUAAGUAAGGAAAAUAAUUGUUUGAGAAGCGAGUACUUUUAUAAAGUAAAAUAAAAAAAAACAAGGAACUGAUGAACUGCUGAAAUAUUCUUUGUUGUUCUCAGAAUCCCCACUUGUGUUUGUGCGCUUCGGCUAUGACCUAAUAAAAAGGAGUUGAAACUUAAAGAA